AAGUUCCCGACAAUUAAACUACCAGAUUUUGUUUAUAAGAGUUACAUCAGAAAUGCAUGGCAGCCGCACAGAGAGUAAUAAAACAGCACUGCAAAUCAUGGAUCAGAUACCUUUCCGAAAGGUCAGAAAUAACAGGCCCGUUGCUGCUUCAAUAACCAUCUAAAAUCACAAUGUCAUGUGGUAAGGCUGCUGUCAGGGUGGUCUAUUUAGGCAGGAUUUCCUACCCCAAUGCCUUGAAGAUACAGCAGCACCACAUCAAGCAACACCUUGAUUUGUCUAAUAGCAGCCCAAACACUUUAUUGCUGUGUGAACAUGAACCUGUGUACACCAUUGGCAUCAGACAGGCCCCCUACCCCCCUGAAGAGGAACAAAGACUGAAAAACCUGGGCGCAGACUUCUUCCGUACAAACCGAGGAGGUCUGAUAACUUUUCAUGGGCCUGGUCAGUUAGUGUGUUAUCCUGUCCUGAAUCUGGGCUGCUUUAAAAAAAGUGUAAGAUGGUAUGUGUGUGAACUGGAGAGGACUGUCAUCAAUACAUGCAGCAAAUUUGGAAUCAAAGCCUCUACCUCUCCAGAUACUGGUGUCUGGGUUGGCAAUAAUAAAAUAUGUGCAAUUGGAAUCCAUUGCGGAAGAUACAUAACCUCCCAUGGUUUGGCUCUGAACUGCAAAACAGACAUGAGUUGGUUUGACAACAUCGUGCCAUGUGGGCUUGUGGGUAAAGGCGUCACAUCACUGAGUCGAGAGCUGGAGCGGGAUGUUUCAGCCGAAGAAGCCAUUCCAAAACUACUGGAAGCCUUUAGUGAACAGUUCAAUUGCUCUUUAAUUUCUAACAAUAGCUUCAUGUAAAUGUAUUUUAUUAUAAAAAUCAAAAAUUUUGAUUUUAAAUCUGGUUCCUUAUGCUUAAAUCUGUAGACAAUAAACAGUUUUGUUGUAUGUUCUUAGACCUCCAACUGAAUACAGUAGGUGUGCUAAGCUGAAAUCCCUUCAAUUGGUUGCUGGAGUUGUGGAAAUAGUUUUAAUGACAAAAUACUUAAUCCCCAUACAUCAAAAUGUGUUAUUUCAAAGAUAAAUUAUAUGUAGAUUUUCUGCAUGUUUGUUGGUUCUCUGGGAUUUAUGACUCCCAUGAACCCCUGAUAACAUCACGAGAGACAUUCUCAUAAAGAUGAGCUGGCUCCAGCAAGAUGAGAUGUCUCCCUUGUAUCAAAUCCUUGUUACCAUUUUUCUCUCCUUUCCUUUGUCUAAAAACAGUGCCAAAAUGUAGACGCUGUAAUUAUUUUUUUGGAACAGCUCCUAGUAAAGGCAUUUUUGUAAACAUGAUUUAUUUUCUGUCAGGCUUGUGGAAAUGACAGCCCUGUGGUGGUGAAACAGCGGUGAUUUAUAGACGUGUUUUUUUCUCUUCUGAUCAUUGCUGUAUGGCACUGAGUGAACAGGCAGCAAAAGGACGGCCACUGGAUUCAAUUACACGUCCUGUCCUCCACGGAAGAUACGUGUCCUUGGGACCAAAACCUUGUGAACAUGUUUAUCAUUGAUAAAACGUCACCUUUGAAGCUGAUACAUUUAUAUAUAUCAGACAAUAAAUAAGCAUUUUGAACAUUUUAA